AUGCUUGAUGCACUUCAGAAGAGUUUUACUUUUUCAAUCCAGGCAAGAAGUGUUGAAUGUUUCAUCAAAGUUGAGCAGAUUGGAGAAGGACAAUAUGGACAGGUUUGGUUGGCGAGGGAGAGAGAAGGCACGAAGUGCAUGGUGGCGUUGAAGAAAGUCAAGAUGGACAAUGAAAAAGAAGGAUUCCCCAUUACAGCAAUCAGAGAAAUCAAGAUCCUCAAGAAUUUGAAACAUCCCAACAUCGUCCAGCUGAGAGAGAUCGUCACUUCCAAGGCGCAUGACCACAACAAGCAGAAGGGGAGCGUGUUCGAGUAUGCGGAGCACGACCUGGCUGGUCUGAUGUUGAGUCCCAAGAUUGAGAUCAAGAAGGAGCACGUGAAACAUUACCUGAAGCAGCUGCUCGAGGGCCUCCACUACCUCCACACCCAGAAGAUCCUGCAUCGAGACAUCAAGGGAGCGAACCUGUUGAUCACCAAGGAAGGCUCACUGAAGAUCGCUGACUUCGGUCUCGCGCGCUCCUACAACGAUCCUUCUGUGCCCCUCACCAAGAAGGUCAUCACCUUAUGGUACCGCCCUCCUGAGGUCCUGCUGGAGUCGGAGAAGUACGGGGCGCCUGCCGACAUCUGGUCGGUCGGCUGCAUCUUUGCGGAGCUUCUCUUCAAGCACACAACGAACCACUAUAGGAACAUCUGGCAGGACUCGCACACCAUCUUCGAUGUCUUCGGAACCCCUUCCAAGGAUGCCUGGCCCACUUUCGACAGGCUGCCGGGCAUGAAGAACCUCAAGUUCAAGCCCAAGCCCUGCAUCUUCCGUGAGCACAUCAAGAAGACCGUGUCAGGGGAGCUGCAGGAGCAGGAGUACAAGCUGCUGGAGGGCCUGCUCACCCUCAACCCGGACCACCGCUUGACAGCGAAUCAGGCGCUCAACCAUGACUACUUCUACUCGGAGCCGAUGCCUGCUCCUCCCCGCGACCUCGAUCCCAGCCGCGGCUCCGAUGCCUUUCAUGAGUGGCAGGUGAGGGAGCGACGAGAGAGCAUGGGGACCAAAGGAGGAGGAUGA